UGCAGCGUUCUACUAAUCCCUGAUGGAAGCGUGAAUUUCGCCAGCUAACAACGCCCGCAUACCAGCAAUAUAGCCAACCUCAGCUACUUAGCUCUCCCCCCCCCCUCCCUUUGACCGUUACCUCGCGCCGGUUUCAAACUGUCUGUUCUGAUUUUACGCUGAUUUUUCGAGCUGACUUUUCUUGGAAUUUUAUAUCCUCAGAAGACUUGUCGUUUUAUAUGAAAUAUGAGAAAGCAGAGGUUUGACGGUUGGACCCGGGGCGGAUGUUUUCCAGCCUUUAUCUUGCGUAUAACAAAAGAUUUGGGAUAAUCUUUCGCAAAUGUACACACCAUACCUAUGCGCGAAAAUAAACGGUAAUCAAGUGGGAAGAGAGUAAUUCGUUAGAAAAUAAGUUGUUGAAUAAAGGAAAUUUGGAGUCUGCAUAAUUAUCAUGCAGUGCAAUAAAACAGUCUUUCAAGUUCUGAAACAAAGAUCAUUUUAUACAAAAUCCCUUUUACGCAGCCAGGAAAACCAAGCCAAGUUUGUUGAUAAGCCAUUUUGGCUCAAAAAGUUCAAAUUAAAGCAAGCCGAGAUGCAGAAAGAUGACGAUGUUCCAGUUUUCAUAAAGAAGGGUUUUUUCGAUAAAGUUUUAUACAAUAUCACCUUGGGACUAACUGUGUUUGGACUGUUUUGGUCUGCUAAAGUCCUUCCUGAACUUGACAGCGCUGGCAAAAACUAAUCCUAGGUUCGUUGAUUUGUGAGAAAAAAAAUUCAGUAAUGUAAUAUCAAUAAAAUAUUUUUAUUCAAAUAUUAA